AUGACCAACGAAAUCGUCCGGUUUGUGCAUUCGAUCCCUCCGGUGACCCAGUUCUUGGUGUUGUCCACGUUUACCAUCUCGCUCCUCAACAUCUUGAACAUUAUCCCAUCCAUUCACUUUAUCAAUUACUGGCCCUACACAAUCUACAAGGCACAACUAUGGCGGCCGUUCACGACGUUUUUCAUCGCCAGUCUGCAACCGUUGCAGACUAUGAUGGAUUUGUACUCCCUCUACUCCUUCUCGUCCAACUUAGAGUCGGAGAUCUUCCAAGGUGAUAUGGACCACUGGAAUGCCGACUACAUCUGGUUCAUCGUAGCGUUCAACUGGCUCCCAAUCUUGGUUGUUUACCAGUUCAGCUGGUUCUUGAAGUCGCCAUACUUGUUGACCGUCUUGCUUUCCAGUUUGAGUUACACCUGGUCACGCUACAACAAGACGUCGGUCAUUAACUUCUACUUCGUGCCGAUUAGAGCCAGAAACUUGCCGAUUGCCGGGAUGUUGGCCAAGUUCAUCAUCAACGGCACCAUGUCCUUCAUGGAGUGUCUUGUGGGCUGUGCUGUUGGCUACGGCUACAGCUGCAUCUCCACCAAGUCUGCGGGUCCGCUCUACUACUGGUUGUUUCCUCUGAAGCUUGCCGGGAGAGUCAAAUGGGAGGAGAGACAGAAGCGCAUCGCUGAAAAAAAGAGAAGGGAAGCUGGUGGGAAGGCCAAAAAGCCUAUCGCCACGAUCCUGGGCGGUGCUACCGGCGGAAAUGCCAUUGGCGGGUCUACUUUGACCGAAUUUAACGACCGUAGAAUCCUCAAGGCACCUCUAUUUUUCCAGGUGUUGGUUAAGAAGAUGGAAGCGUCUUUUGCUCUCCCCCCUACCGCCCCAGCUCCACACAACCGUGGGGGUAUGCCUCUUGGGACCAAGACCGCAGGCAUCAGGCUUGGCUCUUUAAAUGACAAGGAUCAGGAAUCAAGUAAAAGCUCUGUUAGAGCCGAGCCGGAACCCAAGAAGAAGGCUGGUUUUUUUGCUACUAGUGCCACCACCAGUUCGAAGAGCUUCCAAGGUACGGGUUAUAAAUUAGGCAGUUCCUAG